AUGAUGGUCGAGGCCCGCUACACGUCCGUCAUGCGCAGCAUGCGCAGCGGCAAUUACUACAACGUACCGAUUCGGUCCGACGCGUCCGCCAUGGCGACGGUCGCCGCGACGCUCGACGACCCCCUCGAGAGCGAAGCCGCGGGCGCGGCCUGGGGAACGACGACGAUGCGGCGGCUCCCAGCCGUCGCGAAGCGCCGCGACCUCAACGUCGCGCUCGACAGCGUCGCGCCGUCGAAAGACCCCACGGCCUUUCAGCUCGCGUUCGCCUUUGACUUGAACACGCUCGUGGCAUCGCUCACUGCGGGUCUGAGCAGCUCGAGCCACAGCUCGUCGUUCACGUCGUCGACGCAUAGCGCCAGCGCAGGCGAACCGGUCCCGGAGCCAGUGCCGGAGACCUCGCGGAUCGCGCUGUUGCCGCUCGGUGGCACAGGGCUGGAGAACGACGCGACGCCGCUGCUGCGGCAACGGCGACGACGUGGGGCGCUGUCGGGCGAAGACGACCUCGCGCGGUCGUAUGCGCCUUCUUCCUCUUCUUCUUCUUCUUCUUCGACGACGACGACGUCCGCCAGUGCACCCAAUAGUAUCAUUGCCUACAGCCUCCACAAGCGCAAGCAGAAGCGACUGGCAGCCAAAGCGCUCGCAGCUGCGUCGGGCGUGCACGGGCCAAACUUUGAGGUGGCCGUAGCAGACGCGGGCAAAGAGCACCAGCCGCAGUACGUGCCGCGCUACGUGCCUCAGUAUCAGUCCGACGUGACGUUCGUGGGGCCGUCGCGCCAUCGCGAACCUGUUGCGCUGGACCAGCAGAGUUACGCGCUAUAA